UGUCGUGGAGAGAGGGAGUCCUUGCUGCACCUGCGUCCCGUUUUCUAUGCGCUCGUGAAAAUCUCGUUUUCUAAAUAUCUGUUUGUGGUCUUUGCUUUAAUUCUUGUAUUUAUAUGUAGAUAUAUUUUCUUUUCGAGUUGUGAAAAUGUGGAUUUUGUGUUUCUCAUUUGGAAAAGGGAAAGAGAGAAAAUGUGCAUGAAGAAACGGAUAUGUUAUUCAGUUUUGUGUCGUGUCUAAUUCGUUUUGCGAAUGUGGUGCGAAGGGAGAGAGAGGGGAAGGGGGGAAUAAAGGAAGGAAUGAUGCAACUUGCAAAUACCAAAGAGAAAGAAAAACGAGAGAAAAAAUUAAAGAUAUAAAUACAGUUAGACUAAGAGGAACUUGCUUGAAGGUCGGCAAUCAGCUUGCACAAGACACUGAUAAAAAAAUAGAUAAAGAGGAGUCGAGAAUCAGUGCAUAAGAAAAGGGAGAUAGGAAAAUACCGAUAAGUAGAGCCGACGGAGUGAUGCAAACCCGAAAAAUCGGUUCCACAACCCGGAAAUAUUGUGCCCUCGUGUGCCUGCGCUUUCGGUGUGAAACAAAAAGUCAAAAUAUUUCUCUCAUUAGCUGCAACCACUGAUUAAUUUGCCCUUAUCAAUCAAUACGGUGUCAGGAGGAGUUCGAAGCCGACAACAACAGCUGGAAAUAACACCUUGUCUUGACCCAAAACAACAAAUAACGGAUUCACAGAAACGGCUCGGAGAAAGUCCUAAAUAUGGCUUGUAUUUCGGACGGCAAGUUCCAUCAGCAACAGAAAUGCGGUUGAGAAAAAAUUGCUUAUAAAUAUAUUCUGAAAUUUUGUUAAAAGCUGUUUGAUAGUUUUGAUCUAAAUUUAAGUUCUCUUUUAGAUGUAUUGUGUUCUAAGUCAGAAAUUUGAAGGAAAAGAGGGUGAGAGAAAGGGGGGAAAUUAGGUGUGGUGUGAUAGAUGAUAAAGAUGAUGAUAAAGAGAUAAAAAAAGUGAUGCAGGAGGAAAUACAGCAAAACUUGAGAUAAGAGAACAGGAAGGAAAUAAUACGGAGAGAGUGAGAUAGUGAAAUUUUCAAAGAGUCGAGUGUGAGUGAAGGUAGCGGCGCCAUCUUGAAUUCUGCUUCGCUCAUAAACAAAAAAGAAAAAGGCAAAGCAAAGCAAAAAAAAGCAUUCCUCGCCUCCAUCAGCCAGCGGCAGAAGGACGACAGCAAGUCGCUGACGGACGAGAACGAGAACACAGCCGUCGUGGACAGCAACGACGAGGACGACGACGACCUCCCCGACGCGCACGACGGCCUCGCCCUCGUCGGCAAGAGCAGGAGCAGGAGCAGGAGGAAGAGGGAGGCCGAGCACAGGGAGGCCGGCAGCCCCUCCGACGCGGGGGGAGGCGGCGGCGGCGAGGACGACCUCGACACGCGCCUCCAGAACCAGCAGAACCUGGAGAGGAACCACAAGAACCACAGAGAUGAGGAGAGGAACCACAGCGACGCCAAGAAAGCUCUGGAGAACCACCGCGGGCUCGUGGCCAACGGCAAAGUGAAGACCGGGAACUUCCGCCUGGGCUGCGACGACUCGGACGACGACAAGGACGACAUUAUGCCCGGCGAGGACAAGAUCGACGACGACAACGACGACCCCGGCGUGGUGAACCCGACCUUCUUGAACGACGACGAGGACGACGAGGGCGGCAGAGGAGACGCCACCUCCAGCGUCUCCACCAGGUCGUCGCCGGAGCCCAGCCCCUUGCACUCGCCCAGGCUCAGCUUCAGGAUGAGCCCGCAGCCGUCCCCGCGGCACUCGCCCGUGAGCCACCGCUCGGGCAACCUGAGCCAGCGCAGCUCGGUGUCCUCGGUGCGCAAGGGCAUCCUCAAGAAGAGCCCGUCCUCGACCACCAUCAACAUGGAGAUGGUCAACCUCGGCCUCCAAGAACGCGGCGGCCAACGCGGCGGCGGCGGCGGCGGCGACGGGGGCCAACGCGGCCGCGGCGCUCAACGGCCACCACCGGACGCGGUUCUCCGACCCCUACGACGACUCCUACGUGCCCAUGGACACGCACCGCUUCGUCAGCUCCCCGACGGCCCGAUCGGGAUGACCCAAAAGUCCCUCGGAGGUCACCGGGUCAAGUUCAUCCUGGAGACCGGCAAACCCGAUCACGUGACCGGGUCAUACGACGACAUUCGGAUAGAGAAGAUGGAGAGAGAGAGACUGGAGAGGAUAGAGAGAGGGAAGAACCUGGAGGUCACCCACAACGACGGCGACAAGGGCGGGAGAAAGUGCCUCCUCUUCUGCGCCGCCAUCUUGGUUCUCACCGGCUCGGUCAUCGGCGCCGGAAUGUACGGAUCUCGGAAGGGGACCAACGACAGCGACGUCCAGGGCGCGAGCGGCCUGUCGGGGAAGGAGACCACGCCCGGGGGCAUCCAGCCGGCGCAGAAUAACUUUUUCUUUCCAAAUGCCAUAGAAUCCCAGUUUAAAAUAAGCAACAGAAAUUACUCGAGUGAUUUAGCGAUCCCAACCUCAGAGGCUUACAAGACGUUCGCACAGGCCCUGGAGCAAGAGCUAAGAUCGAUUCUGUUAACGGACGACAUCAGUUUCAACGGGAAGGCGAACAUGAUGCUGAAAGUUAUAAGAUUUGAAUCCGGCAGUGUUUUGGUCACCUUCAGAAUAGCCUGGAAAUACAUCAAUGAACAGGAAUCGAGCCAUCAGGAUCCGCCGGUGAACAUCACGACCGUCAAGAACAAAUUGGAAGAACAGAUCAAGACGGGUUACUUGGAUCUCAACAAGACGAUCAGUGUACCUCUGGAAUCCGUUCAUGUGGAUAACGUGUCAGACGAAUGCCGCAGCAACUCGUCGAGGUGUUCGGAUGGCUGCAGGUUCUCUUUUGAUUCGCUGAAGUUCUUGUGCUUGUGUCCGGACACGUUGACGCUCAUCAACAACACCCACUGCGGAACGCCAAAACUCACGUUUCCGGGCGCCGUGGUCUUGCAGCCGCACUUCAAGGACAUCUUCGACCAGAAGAACGCCAGCCUAAUCGCCAUCAUCCCGGAGUACGUGGAGACGGAGACGGAGAUCGAGCCGCCCUUCACGGACCCGGCAGCCAAUCAGACGAGCACAGGCCUGGAGGGUGGAGAUGGGGCGACCAAUCAGACGAAGGUUGAUGGUGGGUCUGAGGGCGCGGCGACCAAUCAGACGAAGGUUGAUGGUGGGUCUGAGGGCGCAGCGACCAAUCAGACGAAGACGGAUGUGGGAUCCACGGAGGCUCCGACCCAGCAGACGAGCUCGGAAGCGCCAACCAAUCAGACGGCGACUGCGCCGGCCGAAGGCAACGCGACGGCGGCCGCUGCCACCACUGGCGCCCCUGCCUCGACCACUGGCGCCCCUGCCUCGACCACGGCGCCCACAGCCAGCACGGCCUCCACAGCAGCCACAGAGCAGCAGGGUGGCCGGCCGGGAGCGGAUGAGGUCAAGGACGCAGCCACGAGUGAGGAGGAAGUCAAGUCGGCCGACGCCUCCGAGACAGACGAUGAGAGCCAAGAGCCUGCCGCCGCCGCACCUGUUCCUGCCGAAAAGGAAGCAGACACGGCGGAAUCCCAGCAGCCGUCUGAAGGAGACGCUCCCGCAAGCAGCGGCCCGGCAGAUGCAGGCGCCGCCCAGGCCGUGGAGCAGACGGAGCCGCAGAAGGGAGACCGCAGCUCCGGCGUCAUCCCGCAGAAGUACCCGGACGGGGACAACACGGGCAUCCACAUUUCGCCGGGCACGCGAUUCGAGGACUUCGCGCUCUUCACCAACGCCACGCAGAAGGUGCCGGCGGUGCACAACAUGUCUGCUGUGCGAGAAGGAGACUCGCCCGGGGAUGUGAGGGUGCGAGAGCCACAGGCGGAGGGCGUGGCACCCUCUGAGCCUGCAACGACCUCCACAGCUUCGACAACUGCUGUAAGCACAACGGAAAGCCCCGAGGAUGAGGUCGUCGCGGCCCCGGCGGCCAGCGCAGACGAAGAGCCUCCGGCCGGCGCCCAGGAGGCCGAGGCCGUCGCGGAGACCGAGAGGCCGGUGGUGAUCGUGACGGCGAACGAGACCGCCCAGGGCGCGGCGCCCGAGGGCGACCUCAACAAGGACGUGGUGAUCGUCCAGGCCACGCCGUACGAGGAGGUCCCCCGGCCGGAGUGGACGACUCCCGCCCAAGCCUCAACGACCGCCUCGCCUCCGCCCGCCGCCACCGCCGCCACCGCCGCCACCGUCAAGCCUCCGGAGGUCCAGGUCAACCGCACCUCCGAGACGGUCGUCAUCAACACGAAGGUCAACGUCCAGGAGAAGAACGGCAGCCACGGCGCGGGCGAGCGGCCGGGGGCGCUGGGCGAGGCCACCCACGACAUCCCCGUCGACCUCGGCACCCUCUCCCACGAGGGCCCCGGCCUGGGCGCGGACGCCCCCAGCGACAACGGCGCCCCGCACCCGACCUCCACGUCCUCCAGCGAAGCCACGCCCGCCGCCCCCCAGACGGAGGCGCCGGCGCCCGCUGCGGGAGCGGCAGCCGCCAACGCCAGCGCUGCGGCCGAGCCUCCGCCGGUGGUCUGCGGCGAAGACGAGUUCCGGUGCGUCUCGGGGUCGAGUCCGAGUGGCGUCUGCAUUCCGAAACCUUCUCGCUGCAACUCCGUUCGCGACUGUUCGGACGCUUCGGACGAGCAGGGAUGCUUCGAAAACCAGUGCUUCGGAAACUUCAUGUGCGCCGACCGCGAGUGCCUCGAGCGCCGGUUCGUGUGCGACGGCGUCAACGACUGUCGGGACGAUAGCGACGAAACGAAUUGCGACUCGUGGGAAUGUCGCGCGGACGAGUUCCGCUGCGGCGGCGGCGGCGGCGGCAGGAGCGGCUCUUCGGGUCGUCGGGGCUCUGCGACGGCCUGCAUCCCCGAGAGCCUGCGCUGCGACGGCCAGCCCGACUGCAGCGACCACUCCGACGAGCUCAACUGCACGGAGAGCUGCGGCAGCGACUUCUUCCGGUGCCCCGAGGGCUGGUGCGUGCCCCGCGCGCGGACCUGCGACGGCCGCCCCGACUGCUACGCCGGCGAGGACGAGCGCGACUGCGAAUGCGCCGGGCAGGACGAGACGGCGUGCCACGUGGGCGGCUGCGUGGCCACCUCCCAACUCUGCGACGGCCAGGCACAGUGCCACGACGGCUCGGACGAGUGGCACUGCCUCCGGAUCGACAGCGGGACCAGGCAGCUCGAAGUCAGGAGCGGCCAGAGCACGUGGGCGACCGUCUGCUCCGAGGGCUGGACCACCCAGUGGAGCGACCUCGUCUGCGCCCAACUCGGUUCCAACGGCUCCGUCAACACGAACCUCCUGAGGGUGGUGGAGCCCCAGGGACGCCCGCGGGUCAGGCUGGAGCCCAACGCCUCCGCCCUCGCCCACACGCCCCUGCAGCUCGUGCUCAAGAGUAACUGCUCUUCUUCGUCGGAUAAGCUGGUGCAUCUGGAGUGCGAGCACCAUGCAUGCGGGUCCUGGGGCGAGCGGAAGGGGCGUGAGGGGCGCGAGGGCGGCGAGGAGGCGCAGUGGCCGUCCCUCGCCCUCCUGCAGCGUCGUGGGGCGGGCAGCGGCGCCCUCCCCACGCCCGCGCCACGCCUGCACCGCCUCCAUCGUCGCGCCCACGUGGGUGCUGGCCGCCUACUCCUGCCUGUCCGGGAAACCCCACGGCCUAGACACGCCACCUGGGAGCUGGUCACGGGCCAGACCUCGCGGACCGACCGGCAGACGCGCCAGGUGGUCCAGCUGGUUCGCUUCCCCGGGACGGUGCGAACCGGGGGGCUGUGGACCGGGGACGCGGUGCUGGCGAAGCUGGACCUGCCGCUGGUGCUGGACCGGGCGCCGCAGCAGGUGUGCGUGCCCCACGGGAUGCCCGAGACCAACCACACCUGCGUCGUGGCGGGGUGGAACAGGGACGAGGCGGGCCAGAGCCAGUUCCUGCACCACCUCCCCGUGCCAACGCUCGCCCUCGACGCUUGCAACACCACCCAUUAUCUGGGUCGCCUGAACAACGCCCACACUUGUGUCGGGUUCAGCGACGCCCAGUACACACGCCCUCGUAUUCACCCCCCCCUCCUCCCCCAGGGCGACGAGGGCAGCCCCCUGAUGUGCUUCGUGGGCGGCGUGUGGCGUCUCGAGGGCCUGUUCUCGCACCACGCCCGCUGCGACCCCGCCCGCCACCCCGCCGUCUUCACGGCCCUCCACGCCCUCCAGCCGUGGCUCAGCAACACCAUCGGGAUCCCCGACCGGCCCGCGGAGGCCUCCUCCACCCCCGCGUCCUCCACCACCUCCACCUCCUCCACGACGACGACGACGACGCAGAGCCCCGACCACAACGUCGCGGCGGCCGACCCGUCCUCGUCCUCCUCUUCGCGCCUCCUCCUCCUCCUCCUCGGCCUCUCUUCUCUCCUCCUCCUCCUCCUCCUCGGCCUCGAACGCGACCAACCCGGACGGCAUCUGGCUGUCGUCCCCCGGCAACGCCCCCGUGGAGAUCACCUAGCGUCGCGAGCGGGGACCCGAGGCGUGCCAUAUGAGCUAUACCCAAACGUGCUAUAAUAAAAAGUAUCUUAAGAUCAUACGAGAGAGAAGGAGAGGGAGUGGAGCGGGAGAGAGGCUUGGCAUCCUGAUGUCGUUACUGUGAUCACAAACUUGUUAUUUCUGUAGAUUAGGAGGAAAAAAAACGAUUGGGGAAUUGAUAAAAAGGAUGGAAAGAGGAACUGCCUCAGUGCCUUAGAUAAAAGAAACUUGUUACUAAAAUUAAUAUAAAAUAGAAACGGAUAAUUACUGUUUUGGACAGUUGGAUUUAUUAUUAUUAUUACUAUUAUUAUUCAGUUGAAUAUUUUCUGUCCAAAGGUGCCUUUGAGUCCUGUCAAAAGGGUGCUUGACAGCGACUAAACGGACGCAGAAUUCUACUGAGCAUUUAUGAGUGCUAUUCAACAUUUUGCCAGAGACGAGGAAAUGGAGAGGACGAGGUGGACGCGUUUUCUAUGAUGGAGUCGAGACAUUGACGUUUUCUGUGAUGGCGGUUUGGUUAAGAAGGAUGAAAAGUUAUAUUCUCAGUGAUGGAAUUGAAAAAAGAGGAACUAUUGUUGUUGUGUGGAGCUAUGAACAAUAUUGUGAAUGAACAGAAUAUGAAGUGAAGUGUAGACAGCAGAAAAAAA